UACCCCUAACAAGCUGCGAUCCAAUCACAAGCACAGUGCCAAAGGAGUGGCUACCUGCAGUCUGAUCUGCAGGUACGCUAGCAAUCUAGCUACUAUCGUGCUCCAUAGGAGUACGACGUGGUAGCUAGCCAUGGCAAACAAAGUGGCCGUGCUGGCAACGCUGCUGGCGCUAAACCUCCUUUUGUUCGGCUUCGCGGAGGCAUGCGGAUAUGAUGGGGGUGGGAGCGGAGGCAACGGAGGGAGUGCUGGGGGCGGCAAUGGCGGAGGUGGCAGUGGCGGAGGUGGCACCGGUGGAGGCAGCAGCGGAGGAGGUGGUAGCAGUGGAGGUGGAAGUGGAGGAGGAGGGAGCGGAGGCACCGGAGGGAGCAGUGGGGGCGGCACCGGUGGUGGCAGUGGCGGAGCAGGUGGGGGUGGUGGAGGCGGCAGCGGAGCAGGUGGGAGCGGUGGAGCCGGUAGCGGAGGGGGUGGGAGCGGAGGCGUCGGAGGGAGCAAUGGAGGCGUCGGAGGGAGCAAUGGAGGCGGCAGCAACGGAGGUGGUAUUGGCGGAGGCGGCAAUGGUGGAGGUGGCAGCGGAGCAGGCGGCAGCGGUGGAGGUGGAGGUGGUAUUGGCGGAGGCGGCAAUGGUGGAGGUGGCAGCGGAGCAGGCGGCAGCGGUGGAGGUGGUAGUGGAAGCGGAGGCGGCGGGACGCUCGGGCGUUGCCCUAUGGACACGCUGAAGCUGGGCGUGUGUGCCAAUGUGCUGAACGGGCUGAUCAACUUGAACCUAGGGACGCCGCCCAAGACACCGUGCUGCACGCUGAUUCAGGGGUUGGCGGACUUAGAGGCAGCGGUGUGCCUCUGCACCGCACUCAAAGCCAACAUCCUGGGAAUCAACCUCAACCUGCCCAUCAACCUCAGCCUCCUCGUCAACUACUGUGGCAAGGGCGUCCCCUCAGGCUUCCAAUGCUCCCUAGCCAUGGCGAAGAAAGUGGCAGUGCUGGCAACGCUGCUGGCCCUAAACCUCCUUUUGUUCGGCUUCACGGAGGCAUGUGAAUAUGAUGAGGGUGGGAGCGGAGGCAACGGAGGGAGUGCUGGUGGCGGCACUGGCGGAGGUGGCACUGGUGGAGGCAGCAGUGGAGGAGGUGGUAGCGGUGGAGGUGGAAGUGGAGGGGGAGGGAGUGGAGGCACCGGAGGGAGCAAUGGAGGCGGCACCGGUGGUGGCAGUGGAGCAGGUGGGGGUGGUGGAGGCAGCAGCGGAGCAGGUGGGAGCGGUGGAGCCGGUAGCGGUGGGGGUGGGAGCGGAGGCGCUGGAGGGAGCAGUGGGGGCGGCAGCAACGGAGGUGGUGGUAGUGGCGGAGGCGUCAAUGGUGGAGGUGGCAGCAGUGGAGGUGGUAGCGGAAGCGGAGGCGGCGGGACGCUCGGGCGUUGCCCUAUGGACACGCUAAAGCUGGGCGUGUGCGCCAAUGUGCUGAACGGGCUGAUCAACUUGAACCUAGGGACGCCGCCCAAGACGCCGUGCUGCACGCUGAUUCAGGGGUUGGCGGACCUAGAGGCAGCGGUGUGCCUCUGCACCGCGCUCAAAGCCAACAUCCUGGGAAUCAACCUCAACCUGCCCAUCAACCUCAGCCUCCUCGUCAACUACUGUGGCAAGGACGUCCCCUCAGGCUUCCAAUGCUCCUGAAGAGCCAUGAGCGCCAUCCAUCGUCGUCGAUCCUUGCACGCACGCCCUGCGCCCGGCAGUGCUAAAUGAUAAUGAUGAUUUUUAUUCGCAAGAAGUACAAGCUAUUACUAGUAGUAGACAUCACUAUUCUUCGUUGCUUUAAUUUGUUAUGCUUUGCUUUGCUUUGGUUGUGUUUCUUAACGAAUCUAUCAUCAUGCAUGCAUGCAUGCACUGUGUCCAUACCACAUCGUCUUGUUAUGUUUGUGAUGGAUGGGAUCCAUGAUCGAUAAUGUUGAGAGGCCUCUGGCGGGACCUGACAUGACCAUGAUCUCUAUCUAUAAAUAUAAAUACCAUUACUACAGUGUGGAAA